UCAAAUCCUAGUAUAAUCUAUGUUGUCAAAUACCAAGCGCUAUCAACAUCAACCGUUUAUAAAUUUGAAUGUUGUGGAAUUGUGAUCUAAAGUGUAUCUUUAGAAACUUUGAAACUGAAGUGAAAUUUCAUGAAAAAAUAAAGACUAUGGAAAAUUCCAUCAGUGAAAAUGAAAUACAACAAUCGUUUCGCUCGCCACCACGACGGAGACGAUCUACCUUCUUCGAGAGAAGGGAAUCUAUGGCGCCACAAGCUGUAACAGAAAACCUGGAAACGAUAUCGUGCAAGAAAGAUAGUUUGGAAUCACUACGGACUCAGAACUUGAACAGCUAUUAUGAAAAACUGUUACUUGAAAAAGAUCAGUGGAAAAAAGAGGUGAAUGACAGGCGAAAUAAAUAUCACGACUUAAGACAGCAAUUCCAAAUCACUGUUAAGGCUCCUAGUAGAUCCAUCAUGUCAUACUCAGCCCUGUCAAAUGAUGACAUAGAAUUUCUCAAAGCCAAACCCAACUUAAGUAAAUUAAUUGAAGCACAACAAAAACUUCACAAAUCUGUCAAAGAAGUUAUGGCACUUGUACAUAGAACACAAGAACUUGAUGAUAUUGUUCUUAGAAACAGUGAAGAAAAAGUAACCCAGAUCACAGAAUACAUAUUAGAAAAUAGUACAGUAGAACCCUUAAGUCAUUGACAUUGCAAGAAGUUCACAAUUAGAUAUUGUAGAAUACCACUUCCAGAAACAGGUUUUACUUGUUUUACCUUUUAUUGGUAUAAUGGUAAAAAGUAAAAUGUACAUUUUUUUAUUUACUAAUUCUUUAAAAUUGCCGCUGCUUUGGUUUUAAUUAACAGAAUUCUUAGAAUGUAUAUUGAUGAGUAAGGGAGAGAGAUAGUAUUUAUUGUUUACCUAAAUUAUAAUAUUAAUCAGUAAUUUAACAGAAAAAAAACAUCCGUUAUAUUAUUUUUAUCAGACUUGAUGUUUGAUAAAUACUUUAAUAAUGGUUAGUGUAUUGCUGUUCUUGAUUCCCUAUACUUUCUUGGAUCAUGCCUACUACUGUACAAAAUUGAAUAUCCAAAGUGUUUUAAGAAUGUUAUGGAUUCAUUCCACUAAAUUGACUGUAAGAAUGCAUAGAAGCAUAUUAUUGGUUCUGAUGGCUAUCUUAAUAGAAGUUGAACUUAUUAGUAGAAGAAUGUAAAAUCUCAGUCAGAGAUAGCAGUCAAAAGUUUGGGACUAUAAUUUAAACUAGAAUGACAAAAAUUAAAAUUAUUUAUGUGCAGUAUAUAAAUGAAAUCAUAAUGCAAUUAUUUGAAUGUCUAAUUUUAAAGAUCACAAGGAAAUAUUUUCUUGUUUGUUCUUGUAGAAAUAUUUGUUCUUUCACAUCCUUUUUAACUGACCGUCAAGGAAUUUUGCAUACACAGUCAUAGUCAGGGGCAUGGAAUAAAAAGAAGAAAAGUGGACAUAAGCUUUUGGCUCUUAAAUUGAGAUUUUUGUGGAAUGUUUAAGUUAUAUUAUAAUAAGCGUUUAAUGGAAUAAUUGUUUGAUGUCAUCCUGUCUCCAUUUUAUCAUUAUACUGCUUGCCCAUAGAGCAGAGUUUGUCCAUAUUAACACCAACCAACCACUGCAUUCAUCGACAGCUUAGUUCUAUAGCUUAUUGUAGCACAUACCUAGCACCGUAAGAGUAAUGAACUUUCCUGUACAGUUUCCUGAUCUUCUGACAUGCUAGUCUUUAAAUGAUUUUUGAGGACAGACCUGAGGAUAGGAGCAGCAUGGUGGUGUUUAUGGUAUUGAUUUGUCAAUAAGCUAUGAUGACUACUUACAAAAUUUACAACUUAAAAAAUCUUAGAAACAUAUGGUAAUAUGUUUUUAUUAGUAACAAGUAGACGGUCCACUUGAAGAAGAGUGAUUACCAUUGAUCAUGUAUGUCAGAGAAAACCAGAGUCAGAGCCUAGCCACUCUCUACUGAUAUAAUAGAAUAAUAGGUUAUAAAAUUGUGUAAAUAGUAUUAAAUUUCAAAUGUACAUAGCUUGUUCGUUGCCAAUAAGCAAAUUUAUACAAAAUAAUAAAAUUGUAAAUAUAUUAUUAAUUACAUAAAAAUUAACAAUAAAUGUUACUAAGCAUAAA